AUGGCGUUUUCUAUUGUCGCGCCAGUCUGGCGGUUGAGGAUGUUGUUAUCGUUGCUUGUGAUUACGUUCGUGACGGGGCUGGUAGCUGGUACUUCACACCAUCAAGACGGACAAGGAGAUGCUCAAACAAACUACAAGUUCGACAUACAUGAUGGAUCGCAGUCACCUCUACAAGCAUCGCCUGAAGGUUCGCCAUCAACACCCCAGGGAAAUACACCAGCCAGCCAUUCCCUCACAAAAACCAACAUCCUCCAAGACCUGUACUCCGCCCUCUCCACAAUGCAAGACCACUACUUCGCCAUCUGGCUCGGCAAGUACACCACUGCAAUCGACUGGACCGGAGCCGUAACCUCGACCUACAUCUCGGCCACGCUCUCCACGCUCUCCUCCACUCUGCCCAGCACUUUCUCCCGGACCCGCAAACACGAGAUGGAAGCCUUUGUACGCGAAAACGAAAUUAACAAGUACUUCUCCCAAACCACAGCCUACUACUUUGGCGAAGACCACUUCGCAAUACGCAUGCAAGCCUACGAUGAUAUGCUGUGGGUAGUCCUAGGCUGGCUCGAAGCAAGCAGAUUCAUCGAAACGCAUUCUUCAUCCCACCACUCCGCCUCAUCCAGCAACUCAGACAAAUCCUGGCACGCCCACCAAUUCAUCCCAGCCUUUGCCCACCGUGCACGCAUCUUCUACGAACUCGCCGAAAAAGGCUGGGACUGGCGCCUCUGUGGCGGAGGCAUGACAUGGAACCCAUCCCUCCUACCGUAUAAAAACGCAAUCACGAACCAACUCUUCAUUUCCGCCAGCAUAAGCAUGUACCUUCACUUCCCCGGCGACCAAAACUGUUCACCAUUCUUCUCCCAGUCGCCCUCUUUAUCCUCCAACAACCGCAGCAAUACCGUUGCCUCGCAAGACGCUGACGAUGACGAUGGCUGCCUCGACAACCCCCACACCCGCCCCCGCUACUCCCCCAUCUACCUCGCCAACGCCAUAAACGGCUACACCUGGCUCCAGCAAAGCGGCAUGCAAAACGCCCAAGGCCUCUACACCGACGGCUUCCAUAUCACCGGCUACCGCACCAACCACAGCAAAACCGUGUGCGACGACCGCAACGAAAUGGUCUAUACCUACAACCAAGGCGUUGUACUUUCGGGUCUCCGCGGCCUCUGGGAAGCCACUGGAAAAACACAGUAUCUAGAAGACGGACACGAGCUCGUGCGAAACGUUAUACGCGCUACAGGCUGGGAUAUCUCUUCCUCCUCACCAUCUUCCCCACCAAAACCAAAAGGCAAAGAAGAGGAAACGAAAUGGCACGGCCUCGGCAGCAACGGUAUCCUAACCGAACUCUGCGACCCAACCGCCCACUGCAACCAAGACGCCCAAACCUUCAAAGGCAUACUUUUCCACCACCUAACCGCAUUCUGUGACCCCUUGCCCCGUAAACCAGCACAACGCGGUAAGACGCACAGCGCGAGUAGGGCGCUCGCGGCGUUGCAUCGCAAUAGCUGUAAGGCGUAUACCGGGUGGGUGGUGCAUAAUGCGCAGGCUGCGUUGGCGACGCGGGAUCGUGAGGGUAGGUUUGGGGGGUGGUGGGGUGCGAAUGAGGGUGAGCGAGAGGGGUGGGAGGUAGAGGUUGGGGUUAAUGCGACGGAUUAUCGGAAUGGAGACACAGGAGAAGGGGAAGAAGGGGAUGUGUAUGGGAAGAGGGAGAAGGUGCAGUUUAUGGAGAGAAGGGUGGGUGGGGAUUUGAAUGAUCGGGGGAGGGGCCGCACGGUUGAGACGCAGGGGAGUGGGUUGGCGGUUGUGCGUGCUAUGUGGAUUUUUCUUUGGCGAGAUGAGGUUGGGGUGGUUGAGUAG